AUGUCCGAGACCGCCGCCCCUCGCUCCCCAAGCGCCAUUUCCCGGCCCGUCAGCGAAGCGCUUCUCAACGAGAAGUGGGAUCGCUGCCUCUCCAACCUCCUCGUCAAGUCCACCCUCGGUCUCGGAUUCGGCGUCGUCUUCUCCGUCCUCCUGUUCAAGCGAAGAGCCUGGCCCGCGUACCUCGGUGCCGGCUUUGGUGCCGGACGAGCCUACGAGGAGUGCAACUUCAACCUGAAGCAGGCCGCCCGAGACCUGAAGAAGCCCGCAGUAUAA